UACAGGUAAACGUUCUUAAUAGAAAGCAAAUCUGCACUCUGAAGACCAGGAUUGAAGCGUUACUGUUGUUCCCAAACAAUUUAAGAUGUGGCAUUUCUGUGAGCAUUGCUGUAUUGACCACAGUAGAACAACGGACCAACGUUUCUGGAGAAGAGGUGUGCGUAUUUAAAAUGGCAUGAACCAACGGAGGAAGCACAGAAUACAUUUCUUUUGAGUUAUAGAAACGGGCUGCUGUGUUGCUGAAAACCAUAUCUAGUUGACCCAGUCUUCCAGUCCGCGUGCUCCAUGCUUUGAGACCAGGAGAACCUCGGCGUUCUGAAAUGAAGAUGGAGGCGGUGGGAAAAGCAGAAGAACUUGUCGAUUCGGAAGUUCCUCCAAAGGCUUCCGAGAAGCAGGAGACCGCUCCUGAUGAAGACAGACCUUUAGAACUGGAGCCACAUCCUCAGAAGGACGGUGUGCCCGCUGCGUCAGACUCUGCGGUGCUCUCUUCAAUGCCUUGCUUACUGAUGGAACUGAGGCGAGACUCCUCGGAGUCUCAGCUGGCAUCCACGGAGAGCGAUAAGCCAACGGGUGGUCGAGUUUAUGAGAGUGACUCUUCUAAUCACUGCAUGCUUUCCCCUUCUUCCAGUGGGCAUUUGGCUGACUCAGACACAUUGUCUUCCACAGAAGAGAAUGAGCCCUGUCAAGCUGAAGCUGCUGUAGAGGGAGACCCUUCGGGGGUGUCUGGGGCUGUAGUUGGGAGGAAAUCCAGGCGAUCCAGGUCCGAAAGCGAAACUUCAACAAUGGCUGCCAAGAAAAACCGACAGUCUAGCGAUAAGCAGAAUGGUCGAGUUACCAAGGUAAAAGGUCACCGAAGCCAAAAGCACAAAGAAAGAAUCCGGCUGUUAAGACAGAAGCGGGAGGCAGCUGCUCGCAAGAAGUACAACCUGCUGCAGGACAGCAGUACCAGUGAUAGUGACCUGACGUGUGACUCGAGCACAAGUUCAUCAGAUGAUGAUGAAGAGGUUUCAGGGAGCAGCAAGACAAUCACUGCAGAGAUACCAGAUGGACCUCCAGUUGUAGCUCAUUAUGAUAUAUCAGACACAAAUUCAGACCCAGAAGUGGUAAAUGUGGACAACCUGUUGGCGGCUGCAGUAGUUCAAGAGCACAAUAAUUCUUUAGCAAAUCAAGACUCGGGAUCUACCUGGAGAACCAGAGGGCUGAUAGAUGAGCUGAGUGCUGAUACAGGUCAUUUGGAUCCAGGCUUCCUUGCAAGUGACAAAACCUCUUCUGGUAACGCCCAGGUCAAUGAAGAAAUUAAUAUUGCCUCUUCUGAUAGUGAAGUAGAGAUUGUCGGAGUUCAGGAACAUGCCAGGUGUGUGCACCCGAGGGGAGGCGUGAUCCAGAGCGUGUCUUCCUGGAAGCACGGCGCAGGCUCUCAGUACAUUAACACUCAGCAAACACAAUCAUGGACAGCUGUGACUCCCCAGCAGAAUUGGUCUUCGCCCCCAGAAGUAGUAGACCUCACGUUGGAUGAGGAUACCAGACGCAAAUAUCUACUGUAAUGCGGUGUCACUGUGUUUCUGUCCCCAUCCCUCCUCCCUUUGUGGCACAGAAGUUCAUUGUUAUAGCUUCAGCUUCAGAAGCCCUAUUCCUGGCAUUACGACAUUCAUACUCAUGAAGUUUUUCAUUUCCAUAAGAAUGUAGUAUAAUUUUAAGAUCAUUUAAAAUGGUUUCUUUGCCUUCUCAAAGGAGGAUUCUUCCCAGAAUAAAGACCCAAUAGCUCCAAAUUUAAAGCAUGUCUAUAGUUGCUAACUUGCGUGUGUUAAUUUGAGGAAAUGUGUACAAAGUUGUCCUCUCACCCUUUCCUGCCUCCAACUUCAGAACAUUUUUAAUUUAUCAGUAUAUCGGGUUUGUUAGUAGAAGUUAGUGUUUUGCUGUGUGAGCAUCAGUGAUUUUGAGAAAUGCUGUGUCCUCACUGAUUUCAGUGGAACUGGGGGUAUUCAACACUUCCGAAAGCUGGGCUGAGAGUAUUUAUACCCAAGCUGAUGUGGUUACGUUACCAGCAGGAGGGACUGUCUGUAAUACAAGAGGCCCAUAACAUAUGCACUGAACAGCUUUUAAUUAAAGGACUUUUAUUUUCAAUUUAAUUUAUAGUUUACACUCUUUUCAGUGCUGAGUCUUCUGUCUACUUGACUACUGUGUUUCACUGAUCAUUUUCCACAGCUUAUUACAGUUUAAAAUAGUCGUAGUAGAAACUUUCUAGCAGCUAAUUAUUGCAAAAGCACAAGAAAAUGAAAAGUAAUAAAAAGGCCCAACAUCCCUCUCCUUUUUAAACGUAUCUGAGCUUUUUACCUAUUUCUGAAUCUUGCCUCGAGUAGGGGAAGAAGAGAAACGAAACGUAUUUGCUCCUAGUCCUCAUUUCUUCUAUUGCUUAUCUGCUUCAUUGAACAUCUCAAAAAAUAAUUUUAAAAAAAAAGUUUAAAGCCCCAGCCUAGCAAAGCACUUUAGCAGGUGUGUAUUGUUAAGCUCUGACAGUUUGCUGAAACUCACGGGGCCAUUCAAGUGCUUCAAACUCUGGCCUAAAGGUUGUUGCAGGAUCAGGGCCUGAGGUUGUGAUCUGUUCUUUAACUAGAUCUGCACCAUUUUCCUGGCUUUAGGUCAUGCCUCUUAUCCUAGUUCUGGAAUUGCUUUUAGGGUAUGAUCCAGGAAACGCUUUCUACCGGAAUAUUUGCUCAACCGAAAUCAGUGGAACCGCUUGCUUCAGUGGGCUCUAGUUUCUGUAGCGUAUGUGGAGGUUCCUGGCCCUAAUCUGUCGUAUUGAGCCUUUCGCAAGGCAAAAGCCAAAGAUUAGACUUAAACAAGAUGAUAUUCACUUUAAAUGUCUGUUGUGCAAUUAAAAUAUUCCUUUGUAUUCCAGUGUUUCUAAUGGAAAUUUUCUACAGCUCUCUCAGCAGACUUUUGCCAUUUGAUGCUGAACAGGGAGGGGGUAGUCAGGACAUGGGAAGUUCUGUUUCAUUUUUGUGUUGGCUCGUUUUUAAAGUUAUUUGGCUUCCAAUAUUUUUUUUUCUGUGGGCAGAAAACAACAACAACAAAAAGAACCACCAAAAUUCAAUUACCUGCGUUGUCAUGUAAUGUAAAAAGAAAAAAAAAAGAAAAAAAACCAGUGGUGGUAUAGUCAAUGACAGUUUUUUUUCUGUAAUAAGCAGAAAGGUUAUGACUGCACUUUAGAGAACAAUUAGGUAAGGGAUUGCUAUUCCAGUUUAAAGCUUUCUAAAACAUUGAACUGUGAUAAGUGUAUUGCAUGACCAGACAGUGUAUGUGGUGCUUCUAGGGACGGGUUUCUUUCUCGGGGGCGGGAGGGAGGAGCGGAGCCCACACUCCUUGCAGUAGGGACAAAAAAAGAGCCUGCACCGUCAGGACACUCUGGCAGCAGUGGCUGUUGAUCGUUUUAUCCUCAUGUUUUCAUCGCGUAACUCGGCUGUCAUUUUCGUGGGCUAGCACACAUGCUGUAAGGUGACUUUGGAACAGUGAUUCAGUGUGGCUGCUUCUUGCUGUUUCAUCGAGUCUUUUAAAGAUCAGUUUUGAGGAAAGCUGCAGGGACCCAUUUGUAGUCCUUCCAUUAAAAACGCAAACUAUCUAUCUGUUUUUCAGUUUGUAUAUGAUGUGACUUCCAUGUAUAUAUAAAAGCGACUGCGUCCUAACCAAACUUCCUCCAAUUGUGCACUGUGUUUGUUUAAACAACUCAUGUAUCGUAGUCUGAUGCAGGUUUUCUUUUUAUUUUAUUUAAAACACUACAUUAUUUUCUUUUAUUCCUAACAAAUUUGAAAGGGUAGUGAUCCGAAAACCACAGUCACUGGAUAGCUAGCAAGUGGUUUUUUUUUUGUUUUGUUUUUUGUUUUUUACAAGAGAGCAAAAGGUGCCUGGAUGGUUUUGCUCUUCUCAGCAGGAAAGUGAAAUGUUAGCCGUUGUAUGGCUAAGAACCAAUGCACUUAGGGCCUGAUCCAGAGCCCAUUGGAGCUGAUGCGGGGCUUUCUGUCAGCUUCAGUGUGCAUUGGCUCAAGCCCUUCAUGGUUUAACAGUUCCUGAAUUGCUGGAGUGUGAACUUGGAAUCUUCUGUAGUGAAGACAAAUCAUUGCUUAGAAUUUAAAUGUUUAAAAUGUGCGACUCUAGUUAAAAAAAAAAAAAAAAAAAAAAAAGAUUCUUCUCAACACUCGUUAUUUAGUUCUCAUUUUCCAUCUAGUAUUUAAUGGUCUUUGGAGAAAAAAAUAAUAAUAAAACAGAGUGUUAUAUAUAUAUAUAAAUAUAUAUAUUUUUGGUGCAAGAUGAGACCUUCUGUUUUUUGAAAUAAGUCUGUAGCAUAAAGGUUAAACUAUUUUAAGACAAAAUAAAAUAGAGUGUAUUAUUUAAACAAUA